GCUGAGGUCCAGACUUGGCAGCUUCGGGCGCAGCGCCCGGAGGCUGCCUGGCAGGUCGGGGCUGAGCUGGCAGGACCAGGACUCAGACCCCUCUCGACCUCUCACUCUCGAACCCAGCCCCCGGCUGCCAAGCCGAGCGCACACUCACACUCCCUCCGGGCGCGCGGCUCCGGGGCAAUGGACGCGGCGCUGCUCCACAGCCUGCUGGAGGCCAACUGCAGCCUGGCUCUGGCCGAAGAGCUGCUCUUGGACGGUUGGGGGAUGUCCCUGGACCCCGAGGGUCCCUACUUCUACUGCAACACGACCUUGGACCAGAUCGGGACGUGCUGGCCCCGGAGCGCGGCCGGAGCCCUGGUGGAGAGGCCGUGCCCUGAGUACUUCAACGGCAUCAAGUACAACACGACCCGCAAUGCCUACCGAGAAUGCUUGGAGAAUGGGACGUGGGCCUCACGCAUCAACUACUCCCAGUGCGAGCCCAUUUUGGAUGAUAAGCAGAGGAAGUACGACUUGCACUACCGCAUAGCCCUCGUUGUCAACUACCUGGGCCACUGCGUGUCCGUGGCAGCCCUCGUGGCCGCCUUCCUGCUUUUCCUGGCCCUGCGGAGCAUCCGCUGUCUGCGGAACGUGAUUCACUGGAACCUCAUCACCACCUUUAUCCUGCGAAAUGUCCUGUGGUUCCUGCUGCAGCUCAUCGACCAUGAAGUGCAUGAGAGCAACGAGGUCUGGUGCCGCUGCAUCACCACCGUCUUCAACUACUUCGUGGUGACCAACUUCUUCUGGAUGUUCGCCGAGGGCUGCUACCUGCACACGGCCAUCGUCAUGACCUACUCCACUGAGCGCCUGCGCAAGUGGCUCUUCCUCUUCAUUGGAUGGUGCGUCCCCUGCCCCAUCAUCAUCGCCUGGGCCAUUGGCAAGCUCUACUAUGAGAAUAAACAGUGCUGGUUUGGCAAGGAGCCCGGCGACCUGGUGGACUACAUUUACCAGGGCCCCAUCAUCCUCGUGCUCCUGAUCAAUUUUAUCUUUCUGUUCAACAUCGUCAGGAUCCUAAUGACAAAGUUACGAGCCUCCACCACCUCGGAGACAAUCCAGUACAGGAAGGCGGUGAAGGCCACCCUGGUCCUCCUGCCCCUUCUGGGCAUCACCUACAUGCUCUUCUUCGUCAGCCCCGGGGAGGACGAGCUGUCGCAGAUCGUGUUCAUCUAUUUCAACUCCUUCCUGCAGUCAUUCCAGGGUUUCUUCGUGUCUGUCUUCUACUGCUUCUUCAAUGGAGAGGUGCGCUCGGCUGUGAGGAAGAGGUGGCACCGCUGGCAGGACCAUCACUCCCUCCGCGUGCCUGUGGCCCGGGCCAUGUCCAUCCCCACGUCACCCACGCGGAUCAGCUUCCACAGCAUCAAGCAGACGGCCGCCGUAUGACCCCUCCGUGCCCCCACCUCGCCUGUCACCUCACCCUCGGGACGGCCUCCUCAUCCUCCUCCAGCGCCUUUCGCCACAGGCCCCAGUGGCGGCACAGAGAGGGGAGGACCAGCUCUCCAGGCUGGCAGGAGAGAGGCCGUGCCACAGCCCAAGGGGCUCUCGGGAACCAGGGCCAGCUGGGUCCCCAGGAAGCCAGGGGAGAAGUCACAGGAAGCCGGGGGUGAAGAGCGGGUCAGCGGUCUUCAGGCCUCUACCCACACCAGCCUUUCUUACUGGAUCCUCACUGUAGCCCUGUUCACAGAUGAGAAGACUGAGGCCCAGCGUCAGGGAGGGCCUGCCCAAGUCACACAGCUGUUUCCUGGCAGACCUGGGGCUCCUCUGCCCCUCUCACCACCAGGGUCUUCCCACUGGCAGCAGGGUAAUGGUUGGCCCCAUGCCCUGCCUUCUGCCUCUGUGCUCGGUGGCGCCCUCUGCAGUUGGAGGGAAGCAUAGCCGCUGGAGUAAGGGAUUCAUUCCUUUGGCUUCGUCCCCGGGACUCUCACCUAGAGGAGCCUCACCUACACCCGCCCCUGACCCUGUCCUCCUGCCCCUUGGGCCUUUGGAAGGAUGCUGCUCCCUUUCCUGAGAGACCUCUUCUCAGCCUAAUGCAUAGAUUCAGGGCCUUGGGGAGGGGCGGGUGGGAGGAAGAUGCUGCCAGGGCAGCUGUACGGUCUUGGACCAGCCAGAUACACAGUGCAGGAUGAAGUGGGGAGAGGCAUCGGGAUGGGCUGGGAGAAGGAGUGGGGUACCAAGGCACGUCUUCGGUGAUUGGAACUAAUCCCUCUGCCCCCACCUGAGACUGGGCUUCAGCUUCCCCUUCAGAAAUACCAUCUCUGCUGUCUAUGAAAUAAACCAUGCCUCUGUGGAAA